CACUUUUUUAGUUGCUGUUUUAACGUCAAUAAUUCGUAAUUCAUUUUAGUUUUCAUACGUACCUACGUAGUACGUGCUCGGAUUAGUUUCUACAUUUAUAUUAACUUAAUCCACAGACUAUUUUGUUAGAGCAUCUGUUAUGAAUAAUCACGGUAAAAAUUGUAUGUUAUGUUAAAAAUGUGUUCAAUUCCGCCUGCCCCGCCACUACCACAACAAUCUUCUCCGAAAGCUACAUCAGCCAACCAAUCUAUCUUUCAAAGCCCUACUAUAUUAAGUAACCCUGGUUUAUGCGAAUGGGCGUCGCCGGAACCAUCAUUACGGGAAGCUUGUUUAAUAAAUAACGUAUGCCUUCAUCAAACGCCUUACAAAUUCUCUUAUAAGCAUUAUGAACCAAUUUUGCAAGUUGGUCCUACUUGUGGAUUAGUCGCGUUGUCUAUGUUGUUAAAAAAAUUAAUAAGUCCAGAUGAAUUACUAAAUUUAGCUAAAGCUGAAGGCUAUAGUAAUAAUGGAGAAAUGUUAAGUUGUAAAAACAUGGCACAGCUUGCUAGAAAAGCGUUAAAUUCUGCAGAAAUAGAAAAUAUUAGGAUAUCUGUCAUUGAGGGAGGCCCAAAUAAUAAAGAAACAUUGAAAGCAUUAUUAAAUGGUUCCAUAUUAAUGAUUGCUUAUGACGCGGACCGCAACCACUCUCCCUGCUUGAGGCAAGGCCACACCGCACACUGGGCUCUUGUUUGUGGACUCAUUGUAGUUGAUGACGUUGAAGAAACAAUGGAUUCUAACGUUUAUGUUAUUUGUAGACAUGGGAAAUCGAAACAUUUGUGUAUAUGGCCCAUAGAUUUGCUGCAUAAAAGUAAUGAAAACUUAUUGGAGUUUUCACCAAAGAAAAAAGAUGACGGACUCACAUAUGUUCUGCCGGAAACUGGUAUUGGUGGGGCUGAUGGGUUAAGGGCCCAGUUUUUAAUGUUUGAUGGCUUAUAGUAUGAAAUUAUAUAGAAGUAGUAUUUAAGAGAAGUUAUACGGAUUGUUGUUCAUAGAUAGAAUAAUAUAUUUUGUAUGUUAUUUACAAUGUUGGAAUUUAAUAAAUUGUAUAAAUGGU